UGCCCUCCGGCGCCCCUGAUCGGCUGCUACACCGCCGACCGCACCCCAGCCACCAGCUCAUCACGUUGCUGCAGUUCCCUCCCUCACCCCAUUCCCGCUUCUCCCGAAGUUCACUCCCACUAUCCUUGGUAGCUAUGGUGAUGUGUGUGUUUAUAUGGGAUUAUCCUAUUGUGAAAUAUUAAUACAAAUGAAUCUCCAAUUAAAUGAUUGUUUUGUUUUUUAUGUUAGCCUGUUAAUGUUAGCUAGCUACUACUAGUGGAUAUAAUUUUAGCUAUAGAGAUUUGAAACAAUUUGCUACCAUGUCUAAGAGACAAAAUCUAUCAAGAAGCAAAUAUCAAAAACGAAUGAGAAAAGAGGCACAAAGAAAUUAGCUGCUGAAAUGUAUCAGCGUGCAGCAAUGUCCAUCAGCCGGUGUGGAGAAUGACAAGCCUCCGAGGACAGGCCAUUCAUUUGCCGAGAACAACGAGCCACCGUUCGCUGAUUCUAGCAGUGAAGAGGGCAAACCGGAGGAGUCCGAGCCAUGCACUUCCACUGAUGAUGACAGCUCUCUGGCUGGACAGGAACAGGUGAUUGCACCAGGCCUAGCCACACCUCUAAACAAUGCCGGCAAAGACCCUACUAUCUUGGACCCGGACUCAGAUUCGUCGCUCCCCGUCCCCGAUGACAGU